GAUGUCAGAUCAAUGGGUAGUCAUGAUAACCCUAUUCAUUUGGAUGGGCAGGGAAUGAAGGACAACUUCAGCAGCAGUCUCAAUGACGCUUUUGACGAUAUUGUUGUGAACACAUCAGGGAGGCACAUCACUAAACAGACAACCCCCAAACAUCAAAUGCCUCCAACUCAGGUAAAUCCGCCACGGAAUCCACCUCACCCCGGAGGUCCUGUCCCAGCAUUCAUGCCGUUGAGACAGCAGCAAGGUUAUCCUGGAAUGAGACAGAAAUUUCCUGUUAAUCCAUAUCGAACGGGCAGGCCUCACAUCAAUGUUAACAGGCCGAUGGGCUUCCGCAAUAUGAGGCAGCAUCACCCUGCCAUGCAUUCUAACUACCGUCAACCUGUUGCUGUUAAUGCCAACCCUGGAAUGGGUGCUAGAGGGAUGUAUCCAAGAAUGAGACCACCAUUUGUUAGAGCUUUACCUCCACCACCACCUCAUGUGCAGCAGCCAACUCAAUCUGGGGGUGAGCAAGAGCCCAUAGUCAUAGACCUUGAUGAGGAUGAUGAUGACAACAGUCAUAGAAAGGGGAGUGGAUGGGAAUCUGCUUCAUCACACGGACAGUACCCUCACAAUGGACAAAUGGGUGGCUUUUCUGGUCCAGUUGGAAUCACUGUCCCUGAUGCUGUGCUGAUGACCAAUGAAAACUUGACCACCAGUCAUGAGUCAGAAAUAUCAGUAAGAGAUAACUUUCUAAAUGAAUCUUACCCAACCUAUGGCAACACAGCUCAAGUGCCAACAACGUCACAACAUAACUCAACCAACAAUGAACUGUCAGGCAACACUUCUAGUCAAAUUCAGUUAGACGGCACCCAAGUCCCUAUUCAUGACAGUGUAAGUAUGAAACAUCGGUUGAAUAGACCAGCCACGGGUUUGUUUGAUGGCUCGCCAGUCAUGCAUUCAUCUAGUCAAAGCUCAGAUCAAGUUGAUCCCACAGCUGCCUUACAAAUUGUAGUUAAAACCUUCCCAAAGCUACAGUUACCAAAUCACGGGGCAGAGUCGGGUGAUUAUUAUCACUCACGCAAGCAAAACCCAGAGACUGGAGAUACUGUUUAUUCGCAAAGACAGAAUACAGAAAGAGGAUCCAAUACUUACGCACCAGUGCCUUACACAGCUGGAAAUAAUAAUGAUUCAUCAUCUCUAGAAUCGAGUGCAUCAGAGUCUUUCCCGUAUGAACAUUCACAAAGUUCUACAACUGAAUCCACAGCCUAUCAGCAAAAUUCACAAAAGCCUGGAUCAUCCUCUGAAUCUAUCAUUGGUC